AUCAAUCACUCACUCACACCAAAUUCCCAAAGUAAGAAAAAUGGAAGCUGUGGCUAUUGAAGGCGUAAAGUUUAUACUGGAGAAGUUGUUUGCUGUUGCUGCUGGAGAAAUCAAUCUUGUGCGUGGUUUCAAGAACGAACUAGCAAACCUAAAAAAAUACUUGGUAAAGGUCAACCAAGUCUUGGAAGAUGCUGCAAGGUAUGAAAACGAUAAGGGUGUUAAUAGCUGGCUCAAAGACCUCGAGGAUGCUGCAUAUGAUGCUGACAUUGUUUUGGAUGAGAUCAAAUAUGAAGAUUUGCGUCGUCCAAUAGAGAUGCCUGACGAGAUUAAGCCAAUGCGGUGCUUAAACAUCUUUUGCUGUACUAAUACCACUUUGACAUUUCAACGGGAGAUGGCUCACAAAAUCAAGGACAUAAAUGCCAACUUCAAAAGGUUAAACAAUGAAGCAGAUAGCCUUGGCCUCAACAGAGUUAAAGAUAAUCGUCUUGCAACGCCUUUGAUCAUAGAGACUACAAGCUUCACUGUUGAUCCAAUUGUCAUUGGAAGAGAUAUUGAUGAAUCAAAAAUUUUAGAGACGAUAACCAGCUCGAUCAAUAAUUUUCUUACAGUCCUUCCCAUAGUUGGAAUGGGAGGGCUUGGCAAGACGACUUUAGCACGCAAAAUCUACAAUCACCAUCGUACAGAAACCCAUUUCAACAAAAGGAUUUGGGUUUGUGUAUCAGAAAAUUUUGAUGAGCUGACGCUCUUCAAAAGGAUCCUAGAAUUAUUGGGCAAAGAUUCUGGUGGAGGUAGCAAGCAAGCUGUUGUUCAAAAGAUUCAUGAGGAAUUAAAAGACAAAAGAUACUUACUUGUUCUCGAUGAUUUAUGGAAUGAAGAAGAGGGUGUUUGGAAUGCUUUCAAAAAUACUCUGGUGGGAGCUAGCUCCAAUAAAGGAAAUUGCAUUAUCGUCACCACACGCAAGGAAAAGGUGGCAUCUAUUGUGAAGACUUUUGAACUUCCAUGUAAUUUGAGGUUAUUAACAGACGAUGAAUGCUGGUCCAUAAUCAGAACAAUGGUAUUUCAAGAUAAAGAAGUACCAAAUCAAUUCGCGAUUACCGGGUUGGAGAUUGCUCGCAAAUGUAGAGGUUUACCUCUAGCAGCAAAUGUGAUUGGAAGAGUUUUGCAAGGAAAGGAAAUAGAAGAGUGGGACUCAAUCCUACGGAAUGGGCUUUCAAAUCUUGAAGAGGGUGAAAAGGGUGUGUUGCAAGUCUUAAAGGUAAGCUAUGAUCGCUUACCUUAUUCAUCACUGAAAAAAUGUUUUUCCUUUUGUUCACUAUUUGUCAAGGAUUCGGUCAUGAGGAGAGAAGACUUAAUCCAGCUCUGGAUGGCGGAAGGAUUUCUUCUGAAUAAUAAAGAAAGCGAGAUGGAGACUACAGGCAAUCAAUUUUUUAAUAUUUUGUUGCAAAAUUUCUUCUUCCAAGAGCCCGAAAAGGACGACUAUGGCAAUAUCAAAAGCUGCAAGAUGCACGAUCUUGUCCAUGAUCUCGCACUUUUAGUUUCGAAAUCAAAAAGUCCCAUGAAUAUGGAUGAUCACACUGCUGAUGACAUUCUUCAACUUAGACACCUUGCAAUAGAUUCAAAUGGAGAAGAAACACGCAAGCACAUAAAAGAGACAGCCAGUUAUCUCCGCACAUUGUUCUUGAGAAGCAGCGUACCAGAUGAAGUUUUGUCGUACGUCAAGCAUUUGCAUUCUCUAAAGCUAUGUCAUGCAAAUAUUGAAGAAUUGCCAACAUCAAUUGGCACGUUGAAACAUUUGAGAUAUCUUGAUGUGUCCGAAAAUUAUGAGCUCACUACUUUGCCAGAAUCUAUUUGUAAGCUUUACAAUUUGCAAACCUUAAGCACUUCUCUCCGCUUUUCAGGAUCUCGAAGGCUUCCUAGAGAUAUGCAAUUCUUGAUUCAUUUGAGGCAUAUCUAUUUUUAUGUUCUUUUUCAAGGUGAUUUUGAGAUGCCACCUAAAAUUGGCAGUUUAUCUCACCUUCAAACAUUACCAUUAUUUUCUGUGAGUGACAAGGAAGGAUGUCGAAUCGAUCAGCUAGGAAAGUUGAAGAAACUUAAGGGCAAGCUAGAAAUACGGAAUCUGGAAUUGGUGAGCUGCAAAACAGAAGCUGAGCAAGCAGAUAUGGCCGGAAAGCUAGACAUUUAUGAUCUUACCUUUUAUUGGGGAGGGUCAAUGUAUUCUACAGAAAGUAACAUCGAUGAUGAGAGUAUACUUGAAGGGCUGCAACCUCAUGAAAAGCUAAAAAGACUAAUCAUUGAAGGAUUCCGAGGUAAAAACUUUCCAUUUUGGACUAGAAAUAUGGGAAUAUGUAAAGUUAUUGGUGGCCCUCUGGUGAUAUUUGAUAAAUUGAUUGAGUUCAGAAUUAUUAAUUGCUUCGAAUGUGAAGAAAUCCCUAUGCUUGGCCACCUACAACACCUCAAGUAUCUAAGUCUCCAAAGUUUGGGAAACUUAAGAUCGAUAAGACCAUCAUUUUAUGGAGAGAGUGAUUGCAAAGCAACUAGCAGCAACGAUGGCCAAGACAUAAAAUUAUCAUUCCCGUCACUUAAACGCCUCAUAACAUAUAGCAUGCCAAACCUAACAGAGUGGGAAGAAGCACGAAUGAGUAGAAUUCAGGUAUUCCCUUGCCUUGAAUGUUUGGAUAUAUCUUUUUUUGAUAAGUUGGCUCAUGUUCCUCCCUUGCGGGGCAGCGGAGCUUCUCUUAAAGAAAUGACCAUUGGUUCUUGUCCUGAAUUGAGGGAAUUACCCUACGACUUUGGCAGCCUCCAAUCUCUUGAGACAUUGAGAAUAAAAGAUUGUAGAAAUCUGCAAUCAAUUCCAUAUCAAAAUGGACAAAAAGGCCUCCUUUCCCUUCGGAGAUUGAACAUUGAAAAUUGCUAUGAGUUGAGCAACCUGCCAAACGAAAUGUUAGAGUGUAGUAAGUCUCUACAGAGUCUAACUGUGUCGAAAUGCCCGAAUCUCACUUCUCUUCCUAAAUUGAGUGGGAUGCAAUCUCUACAGAAACUAAUUGUAAUCGGAUGCGAUAAUCUUACUUCGUUUCCUAAAUUGAGUGGGAUUGGAUGUCCUAACAGCUUAAUAGAAUUAAGGAUUGGGAAAUUCUCGAAGUCAGUCCAGUUUAAUUCAUUUCAAGAUUUUCUCGAUGGUAUUGAACACAUAAAAUCCCUUGAGAUUUUAAGCUUACGAGGUCAAGUGGAUUGGGUCUCUCUACCAGAUCAACUUCAACAUGUUACUUCCCCAAAAAAUUUGUCAAUAUGGGAUUUUGGAAUGGAAGAAUUGCCCGAUUGGUUUGGGAAUUUGUCAUCUCUUGAAGUAUUAAAACUAUCGUCUUGUGAAAAGCUUAGGCAUCUGCCAUCUAAAGAAGCUAUGCAACGACUCACCAAAUUAAGAAUAUUAAUUAUUUCUUCAUGUCCAUUGUUGAGAGAGAGGUGCAAGCAAGAUAGCGGUCCUAAUUCUGAGUGGCCAAAGAUUUCUCAUAUUGAAGUAAUUUUAAGGUUUGAAUAUUGCAUUUGUUGUUCAUUAAUUUUGGUUAAUACACAUUGGGACUGUUCUCGGGAUAUUCUUAAAUUAUCACAAAAGAGCUAUAUCGAUAAGCUACUUAAGAUAUAUGGAAUGCAAGAUUGCAAACCAGGAGAUAACCUUGUUGCUAAAGAGGAAAAAUAUAGUCACAAUCAAUGCCUUAAGAAUGAUCCUAAAGAAAGUGAAAUGCAAAAAAGUCUCUAUCAUUCAACAGUUGGAAAUUUGAUGUAUGUUCAAGUAUGCAUACGUUCGAAUAUAGCAUUCAUUGUUGGAAUGCUAGACAGAUAUCUAAGCAACCCUGGAAUAGAUCAUAGGAAAGCAACCAAACGGUUUAUGCAGUAUUUACAGAGAAUAAAGAUUACAUGCUCACAUACAGGAAAUUAG